AUGCUUAAUAAUGCAGCUCUCGAUAAAGAUCAACGUGCUGGUUUAAUAUCGAGAUACUCAAAGACAAUUAUACAAUAUAAAUUUGAUCUGAUCGCUUUAAAUUUAGACACAUUGGAAAAUAUUCGUCGUGGACAUGAACAAAGUAUCAGUGAUUUAGAAGAAAAAUUAGGACAAGUUUGUCCACCUCUAUUACGACAAGCUAUUGCAGACCGUCAACAAACAAUGAUAAAACGUCACCAGAAACUUUUAGAACAUAAAUUAAAUUCCUCCAAUUCUGUUAUUUAUACACAAACUACUGCUUCAUUACCGUUUAUUGAAGUUGAUCUUAAUUUAAGUGCACAACAAAUGUCUAUGUUAAUUAAUGGCCUUAAAUAUGUUGUACCAUGUCAAACUAAAUUUAGUGUUGCUGCUACUUCUGGUCCAUCGAUCAAUACUAUUGUCAAUCAACAAUUUGAAAGUAUAUUUACUAUUAUGGCAGUUCCUGAAUUACGACAAAUCAUCGAUGCAUUUAAAUCACAAAAGAUAUCAAAACAAUUAGAAAAACGUGCUCGACAUGAAUACAAAACUGUUCAAAGUAUCCGUCGACUAUUACGUGAACGACCCGAUAUUGUAAUUUGUCGAACGGAUAAGACAAAAGCAUUAUAUAUUGGCAAUAGAACGACAAUGGCUCGUAAAGCAUAUGAGUAUAUGGAUAAGACAACAGCUUAUGAAGAAACUGUCGAUGGACGUUCACCUCUAAGUGAUAUAUUACAAGGUCUACAAACAUUACUCGAUUAUGUUGUACGAACACAUGGCCUAACUGAUGAACAACGUAAAAAACUACUUCCGAACCUAAAUCGCCUCGAAUUAGCACAUUAUCAUGGCUUACCAAAGACACACAAGGACGGAAUACCAUUACGACCUAUUAUAGCAUCGAUUUAUUCACCAUUAACAUUGCUCUCGAAGUUUUUAAAUAAUCUUCUAGCACCUAUCUAUUUACAAGUUGCACGUGAAACAACAUUUAUUAAUGAUAUUGAUUUAGUACGAAAAUUAGAAAGUCAUGUCGAUAAAGGAUUUUUUAAUUCGACAACAAUAUUUGUUACAGCUGAUGUUAAAGAUCUUUAUACGAUGAUACCAAGACAAAGUGCAACAUUAGCCUUGAUGCGAUUCUUAGAAAAAUAUGCCAAACACGGAAAAAUUGGCACAUUAGCAAUUGAACACAUACUACGCAUGGCUCGUUUUAUAUUAGAUUCAAAUUAUUUUGUUUAUAAUAAUAAAUACUACAGACAAAUACGUAGUGGAGCUAUGGGUUCAGCUUUUACACAAGUGCUAGCUAAUAUUUAUAUGUUCGAAUGGGAACAAGAGUUAAUUGCAUAUAUACACCAACAUAAUGGUAUUUAUGGAAGAUAUAUUGAUGAUAUUUUUAUUGUUACGAAUCAAUCACUUGCUGAAGUACAAUUGGAACUACAAAAAGCUCAAACAAAAGACAUUAAUAUUGAGAUAACACCCGUUAUUGGCACGUCAGUAAACUUUCUCGAUGUCAUUGUUAUUAACGAAAAUGGACAUUUAAGAACAUCAAUCUAUCAUAAACCAACAGCGCAGCCCUAUUUUUUACCUUAUACAUCAGAUCAUCGACGUCAUAUUCAUCGCAAUAUACCAUAUACAGCUUUAUUACGAGCAGCUCGUCUUUGUUCGCAUGCCAAAGACUUUGACAUCGAACGUAUUCGUAUCGACAUGUCUCUAUUACUAAACCACUACCCACCAAGAUUCAUUAGUUAUCAUUUCAAUAAGUUUUUCGAAAACAAUAAUGCUGCUCCUGUCUUACAACGACUAGACAAAAAUAUAUAUCGACACUUGCAUCAUAAUCUACUUCAUAAAUGUACACGACAUGAAAAACAACUGAACAUGAUGACCAAAAAUCCUGUUCCGUUUCCUACAGUUUUACAAAACAAACCAUGGGAUAAAUGCAUCAUGUAUCUACGAUAUAAGUAUGACAGCGGUUUAACCACGCACUUCCCAAAGCAAUUUCAUAAAUGGUGGAAUAAACAUUGCAAAUACGCAGCGAAUGAUCUGAAUAAUGUCUCUAUUCGCAUGAUAGGGAACUCAAAUCGAACACUCAAACAAUGGUUUAUUCAUAAGAAACCAUCAGAAGAACUACUAACUAGAUUGGAUCCAAAACUGAAUUAA